AUGGACAAUAAAAGCGAAAAGAUUCGUAAGAAAAAUAUUCGUGAUCAAUUGAAGCGGAUUAAACCAGGAGAAUGUCAAAAAUAUGUGCGAUUAGUAAUCGAUAGUCGCAUUAUGUCGGCACCUUAUGGUCGUGAAUUGAUCAUCGAAUUAAAUAAUGCUGUGGCCAGUGGAGAUUUGAAAUAUGAAAUCCGGAACCUACCCCUCAAGGAAUCUAUUAUAUGGGAACGUAGUGUUGGCCAAUUAACAUUGGCAUUUGGUGAUGCCCCAUUAUCCGAAGAAUGGCAACGAGAAAAACAAGUUCUCAAAUUAUUAUGCCAUGAAGAACUUCAGCUGCUGAUCCGGAAUAAAAAUCUUGAACACUUGUCAGAUGAUUUAACAACAAAAUAUCCAAAUAUGCAAUAUAUUGUUGCGUAUCUAUCCAAUGAUGGUGGUGGUAAACAUGGUAAUGCAGAAACCAAUGCCUUGCUGGAACUACAGGUAAUGCAUCAAUUACAUGUUUUGGAAAUUCCGAAUUAUGCCAAAGGUUUGGUUAGUGAAUUGAAACGUUUAAAUAAGGCGAUAGCAGAGGCUCCGUAUAAACAGCAAAAAUCCGAAACAAUGGAAACAUUUAAGAAAUUCUUGGCCAACGAUAAAAAACAGUGUGUACGAGUUGAGGGUACAAAUGGUUUUGGUCGUUUGUGGCAGCAGCAUUUAAAUCGUCUGCCUUUGGUCACUCUGGAAGUGGCUGAGACAAUAAUUGAACGUUAUCCAUGCCCUAAACUGUUGAUAGCGGAUUUGAAAAAUAAUCCCGAUGCUGUUAAAGAAAUUGGUGAUUUGAAAAUAAAACGUUCCGGUCCAAAGGUAUUGCAGACAGAUCGUCGUAUUGGUAAUGUCUUGGCUUAUAAAUUAUAUAUGCUUUAUACUGCGACCGAUCCAAAUACAUUGAUUUAA